UUGAAUAGUUUGGUGUUUUUUUUUUUUUGGAAAAUAGCCAAAAUGCAUAACUCCGAAUGGGUAGAUGACCCAGAAGGCGCAAGAAAUAGACCAGGGUCAAGAAGGAACUCCGGCCCGUUCUCCAGAAGAAGCAGCAUAAAGAAGGAACCAGACAGAAAGAAGAUUAACACGCCUCCAAAUUCAAGUUCUUCGACGCCGAAGAAGAUUCCGAAACAGCAGAAUUUAGAUUUUGUAGUGACUGGGAAACAGUUGCUGAAAAGAAGCGACAGAGCGAACUCUCUCCCAGGGUCGUAUCAUAGACGACAAUCAACCGAGUCUUUGCUGAAGACCAAACGAAGCAUAGACUCGCCGAAGCGAACCAACUCUGCUCAAUCAAGAAGCCGAGAGGCGUCUCUAGAAGAUGACAUGUCUUUGGAUUUAUCACAGGUAUCAGAUUUCGAAGAUCUAAGCUUAAAAUACCGUUUAAAAGACAAGCUUGGGCCAUUAGCUACAUCUACACCUAAGAAGCUGUGUCAAAAAGUGAGGAGUUCCUCCGUGCAGGGCCCUGGCUCCUACCAGAGGGAAGCUAAGAGGGUUCUGGAGACGAAGAAGAGCAGAGAGAGUGUCAUGUCCUCUAGAGAUAGCGUUUAUAAGACUUCUUCUAGUGGGACUUAUAGUAUCCACUCGAGGUGCCCCGUGAGUGCCGAACUGGACUAUUCAUCGAUGUCUCCGGAAUACUCCGCGGCGUCCUCCGCCGACAGCGUUGCUGGUGUUGCUGACACCCUGGUGUCUCCGCGCAGCCAGGAUCUGCAGGACAGUUUCUGCGUCAGCACGUGGCAGGAGUGCAGCGAGAGGGGCGAGGGGGAGUGGGGGCACUUCUGGGCAAACUACAACAACUCGCUGGCCAAGGUGCCCGUCAGCCGCUACUACGACCAGUGCCCCACCCCCUACCGCUCCGAGGACAUCGAGCUGGUUGACUUAGAAUUUUCGACAGACGGCUCCAGAAAACGUUCGCCAGAAAACAUUAAAACCAUAAACAACAUAAUCAGAAACGAAGGGUUACGCUUGACGCCUCGCGAAACUCAAAAUGUCAUAAAAUGCGCUCACAUACUAGGAAAUGUUCUAACCAAAGCUAUAGAAAGACAUACUAAAGACAGAGACUACAGUUCAGAAAAAAUACAAGAGCUGAAAGUUGAAAAACCUAAUCCUGAAACGGAAUUAAAAAAGAAAAACUUGUCUCUGGAUCUGAAAGAGACGGUGAUACCUCUGGAAGUGAAGGAGGAAAAGAGAUGGGAGUCCGUGCCGACGCAAACUGACAUAUCGCUUCCAAAUACAAAAAGCGCGCCGAAAAUCUUUGAGAGUAUUUUACGGCAGUUAUCUAGGAGUUCUAUUGAUGAAGAUAAAGACAAGGGAAAUACUGAAGUAACAGAAAAUAAAGUCGAAACGCCGAAUAAUACAGAAAAUAAUUGAGUGUUGUGUUAUUGUAAUUGAAAUAUUUUAUAACAGAGCCAUCUUUUGGUCCAAAAUGAUAAGUCAUUGAUGGAAAUACACCCUAGAUUAUGCUGUAGUCAUUUUAAAACUAAUUUUCAUUUAUGGUUAAAAACCAUAUUUCAAAAACAAUGUUUCUGUAUUCACAAAGACCUAUUUUGAAGCGUCAUCUAACCAAAAAUGAUAAAAGUUUUGAACAUAGACAACGCCCAGCC